AACAAUUGCUCGCCUCUCCACUCUGUGCAAGUUUUUUGCAGAAUCACUUUCCCCCAUGAUGCACUGUUGUUGAACAAAGCCGUUGUUGAAGUUGAGGGCUGCUUGCUCUUAUGGCCGGGCCGGCUUAUCCAGGGAACAAAAGUAUCAAAGCUCUUCUGAGACCUGAUAAUCUUAAAAUAUGAACAAGGACAAAUCACAACCAGACGCAGGCCUGAGAAGUCUGACCCAUUAUCAGCGAAGGCUCCCACCAUGGCGGCACUGGAUGCGACAGAAGACCCUCCCUCUGGUCCGAUGGGAGACACCAUAUCUCGCGUGGCUGCAGGAACGCAUGCGCACUCCCACCCUUGAUACAUGGUUUGCCAUCAGUGCAAAUCUCGGCACUCACACAUUCUACAUGAUCAUGCUACCCAUCCUCUUCUGGUGCGGGCAUUCUCAAUUCGGCCGCGGCACCGUUCAUCUUCUUGCAUCUGGCGUCUUCUUUAGUGGGUUCAUCAAAGACUUACUAUGCCUUCCUCGACCGCUUUCACCUCCUCUGCAGCGAAUUACCAUGUCCGGCUCUGCAGCACUGGAGUACGGAUUCCCCUCGACCCAUUCCACGAACGCCGUUUCUGUGGUGGUCUACGCGAUGCAUAAUUUGAAUUCCGCCGCAUCUGCCUUCUCACCCACGUCAAAGGCAGCUCUCCAGUUCCUUCUGUUCAUAUACGGGACAUCUAUCGUUCUGGGACGGUUAUACUGUGGCAUGCAUGGGUUCUUGGAUGUGGUUGCAGGCUGUCUACUGGGAGCUCUUUUGGGAUUUAUUCAGUGUUCGUAUGGCGCUGCGAUCGACGCUUAUGUUCUUUCGGGAGGCAUUCAGGGACCACUUCUCGUGGCUUUGGUGGUUCUUGUGUUAGUUCGGAUUCAUCCGGAACCGGCGGAUUCUUGUCCAUGUUUCGAUGAUAGCGUUGCUUUCGCAGGCGUGAUGAUUGGGGUCGAGCUAGGCGGGUGGCAUUUUGGAAAGACGAGAUUUGGGCUACCAGAUCCUAUCCCAGGCAGUAUCGUAUUUGAUCUUGAAAAGAUCGGUUGGGUUAAGGCGGUGUUGCGGAUUAUCCUUGGCGUUGCCACGGUCUUUGUAUGGAGAGAGGUCAUGAAGCCGUCCCUCCUCCGAGUUCUUCCCCCGCUGUUUAGACUUAUCGAGAAGUCGGGUUUUAGUUUGCCGAGACGAUUUUUUACACAAGCUUCUGAGUAUAAACGAGUCCCUGAUCACCUUAAAGACGACCAUGUUAUCCCCAACGUCGCCGAGAUACCAUCCAUGCUCACAUCCAUCCGCCAUCCACGCCGGCGCGCGAUCUCCAUUGGACCGCAGUCGGAAGCCGACGCUUACGAGACCCUCGCCUAUCGCGAGCAUCGAAGGCGCCUAAGCACGUCCUCUCCGGAUCUGAUACGAAGUGCUCGACCGUCGCCCUCCGCCGCUGGGGACGACCAUAGUAAUAUCCCCACCCCAACCUCCAACCCGAUACGCCAACAGUCACAAAGAUCGGCCAACAGAAGUCCACUGAGGCUCGAUGAAUACAAAAACAUGAUGGGAACCGGGUCUCCAACCUGUGAGAAGAAUGGGAUCAAUGCGUUCCCCGGCGCGGCGGCGCACUCACUGGACUAUCCAUACAAGUCCCAGAAUGAAGAAGAGAUGUUCUCGAUGAUAACUAAGCCACGGGUUCGCUACGACGUUGAAGUUGUCACGAAAUUGAUAGUGUAUUCUGGUUCGCACUGCCCGCCCUUCGUUCAACUUGGUCUUCUCUCUCAUGCAGCAGAGUUUCUGCUAACUCGCGCACUCAGGGAUCGCAUGGCUAGCGGUUGA